AUGCGCAGUGAGGUGGCCUGUCUACUCGCUUUGUCUGGCGCAGCCCUGACUAAUGCGUUGAGUCUGGAGAAGAGAGACAAUCCGGCGGUUCUUGCGGUGCCAAUGGUACGCGACACUUCGCGUCAGCUUUCCAAGCGAUCGAAGACUGUCGGCGUCAAUCUUAACAAAGAGCGCGAUAUUUACGUAUCCUAUGUCGGAAAUGUGACUUUUGGCUCCCCGCCCCAGAGUUUCCUAGCUUACUUCAACACCUGGGGCAAUGGCUGUUGGCUUGGAAGCGCGGAUGACGGCGUUUGCGGCGUCUACGGGGAGCGGUCCCUUUGUGGUGAAUAUGGAGGCUACAACCUGACUGCCUCAACUACUGCCAAAAAGCUCGACGAGAAAUUCACAUAUGAUGAUUUCGGUGAACUCGUAAAUGGGGAUUUCGUGACCGAUGUCCUGGCAAUUGGUAAUGUCACAGUGGACGCUAUGAAGAUGGGAAUCGACGAGGAUAGUGAAAUGACUUCUAAUAGUUUGGGUCUUGGAUACGGAAAUGUAUCUUCCAUCUCCCUGACCCAGGCACUAGCCAACGCCGGUACCAUUAACUCUCCGGCUUUCAGUCUUUGGGACCAGACAAUUCUAUUCGGAGGCGUUAACAAGGCCAGGUACUACGACUCUCUCUACACUUUUCCCAUCGUCAACGGAUCAGACCUUGCAAAAGCUUUCCGUAUCAAUAUGGAUGGCAUCUCGAUCAAAGAAACAUCCGCGGCGUCGAAUAAGUUUCCCCUGGAUGCUGUCUUCAACACUGCAUAUGAUAUGACCUACGUGCCCAAGUUUGUGGCUCAGGCCCUGAAUUCCCAGAUUGGCAACACCUCCGUUCCAGAUGACUACGGACAAGUCAACUUCUCUUGUAGUGCAGUAGGCGAGAACGCGACUAUAGAGUUCAAGUUCGGGGAAUUGGAAUUACAAUUCUACCUCAGCGAUUUUAUUGCCCAAAAUAGUGACGUCGGCGAUAAUGAGGGGCCGUAUCCUGGCGAGGAGACGUGCUAUUUCACGAUCUGUGAGAACACCGACCUCCAAUAUGAGGGAAGCAUUGUUUUGGGCUCCAACUUCAUGAGCAAGGUUUAUGCAGUCUUUGAUCUUGAGAACGACGAGGUCUCAUUGGCGAAUCUUGUUAUUUGGAAUACGCUCUGGGAAGCAGACGCUCCGGUCGAUAUUGUCGAGAUUACUUCGGGCAAGAAUGGUGUGCCUGGGGCGAAGAAGAGCUCGGGCUCGGGUAAAAAUGGUGACUCGAGCAAGAAUGGUGAGGCUGAGGCAAAGAAGAACUUGGCUACGCACAUCAAAAAAGGCCUGAGGACGGGGGCUUUGGUGGUCGGUGCUGCUGUGAUGAUCCUGAUCUUCUAG